UCGAGCCUAGUCGGACCAGAUGGAGCCUGUGGCCCCGAGUUAGACCCGAGUUAGACCCGGAUUAGAUCUAGAUUUGACCCGGACUAACGCUGGAUCAGAGAGCCGGAGUCCCGGGAGUGAAAGCGGAUCGCAGCGGAGUGUGGGAGCGAGUCCCCGGGUGAGGACGCGUCUGUUCCCGGGGAAGAGUUGGUCUCGGUUCGGUCGGUUGUGACCCGGAUGUGUCGGAGUGCGCUCUUCCAAAAUGGCCGACGCUGACGUCUCUUUGUCCCCUGCUCUGCGCCAGCUCCACCCCUCACACUCAGCCCCGCCCCCUCCUCCAGCCUCCUCCUCCCCCACCACCUUCUCGUGCCCCUCCUCCCCCUCCAGUGCCUCCUCUUCCUUUUCUUCCUCCUCUUCCACCUCCUGCUCUGAGAGUUCGUCUGAUUGCCCCAACCACCACCACCACCACCAUCAUCACCAUCAGCUCCGCCCUCAGCUGCAGCUGCCCCCGCCCCCUCACAGCGAGCAGCCCUCCUCCCCCAGCGCCAGCCCCCGUAGCUCCUCCCCCAGCGGCAGCAUCGGCAGCACCGGCAGCCUCGGCAGCAGCAGCAGCGCCAGCGAGGGCGUCGGCAGCAGCAGCGUGUCGAGCGGCGGCGAGCUGCGAGCGCCCAGUCCGCCGCUGGACGUCAUCUCCGAGGACGCCAUGGAGAUGGACCUCGAAGGUAACCAAGUGAUCGACCCUGAAGUCGCUCUGAAAGCUUGUCAGGAAGUUCUUCUCAAAGUCCAGCUGCAGAACAGAGACGUGCCGGAGCAGCAGCAACAACAACAACAACAGCAACAACAACAACAACAACAGCAACAACAACAGCAACAACAGCAACAGCAACAACAGCAACAACAACAACAACAACAGCAGCAGAACAGAGACCAACAACAACAACAACAGCAGAACAGAGACGUGCCGGAGCAGCAACAACAACAACAACAACAACAACAACAACAACAACAACAACAACAGCAGCACAGCGCUCCUCAGUACUUGAGUCUCGACACCAGCUCCAUCAAAGAGGAAGACGAGGAAGAGGAGAAACCAGGUGGAAGGUCCCAACAAGACCCGCCUCCUUCAGCCAGACUGCAUUCCUCUCCGCUGCCACCGGGGGCGUCACCAGCAUCCAAACAGUCGUGGCUGCUGCGCCUGUUUGAGUCCAAGCUGUUUGACGUUUCCAUGGCGAUCUCCUACUUGUACAAGUCCAAGGAGCCGGGGGUGCAGGCCUACAUCGGGAACCGGCUCUUCAGCUUCCCCGAGGCCGAGGUGGACGUGUACCUGCCGCAGCUGCUCAACAUGUACGUGCACAUGGACGCCGAGGUGGGCGACGCCAUCACGCCAUACCUGAUCCAUCGCUGCAGAGGAAGCAUCACCUUCUCGCUGCUGUCGGCGUGGCAACUCGGCGCCUACUCCUCCGACAUGCACAUCUCCACCCAGCGCCACUCCAGAGGCGCCAAGCUCCGGAAGCUCAUCCUGUCCGAUGAACUCAAGCCCGCCCCCCCCCGACCAGCGCCUGUGUCUGGAAGCCCGGUGUCGUCGCCGUCCCACCGCCGCUGUCACCGCCGGCACAACAGCAGCAGCGUGGAGGCCUCCGCUGCCGCCUCGCCAAACACCCCCCCCACAUCAGGGGAGUCCGAGGCCUGUGUUUCUCCUUCCAGAAGAACCCACCAGAGAUCCAAGUCGGACGCCUCCACGGCGAGCAGCGGGCCCGGCGCUGGCCUCCGACGGACAGGAAGUAACCCGAAGGUGGAGUCGGUUCACGAGGAGCCCGAGCGUCUCCGUCCCCAGCGGGAGUUCGUCCGCUCGCUGCUCGGCAUCGGGAAGCGUUUGGUGACGUUGACGACCAAAGAGCAGAAGACUCAGCGGCUGAUCUCCGAGCUGUCGCUGCUCAACCACAAGCUGCCGGCUCGCGUGUGGCUGCCGACCGCCGAGCGCCAGCACCACGUGGUCCGGAUCCCGCACACGCAGGCCGUGGUGCUGAACUCCAAAGACAAGGCGCCGUACCUCAUCUACGUGGAGGUGCUGGACUGCGAGAGCUUCGAGACGUCUCUGGUUCCCGUUCGGAUUCCGGAGACCAGGAUCCGCUCGGCGCGCUCCGCGGAGGAGCUGGACUGUGGCGGCGUCCCGGCGAGCGGCGCUAGCGGGAUGACCUCGGAGCACAGGGCGGCGAGUUUCUCCACCGUCCCGAACUACGACAACGACGAGGACGCGUGGGCCACCGACGACAUCGGACAGCUGCAGGUGGAGGCCGAGGCUCAGACCAGCAGCAGCGACAACAUCAGUCAGUUUUCAGUCGACAGCAUCACAAGUCUCGAGAACAAAGAACCAGUGUUCAUCGCUGCUGGAGACAUUAGGCGCCGGCUGACAGAGAACCUGGCUCACACGCCCACCACGUUCCGUCGAGACCCCGAGGAUCCGUCCGCCGUCGCCCUGAAGGAACCGUGGGAGGAGAAGGUCAGGCGAAUCAGAGAAGCUUCUCCGUACGGUCACAUGACCAACUGGAGGUUACUGUCGGUCAUCGUGAAGUGUGGCGACGACCUGAGGCAGGAGCUGCUGGCCUAUCAGGUGCUCCGACAGCUGCAGUCGAUCUGGCAGCAGGAGCGAGUUCCUCUGUGGAUCAAACCCUAUAAGAUCCUGGUGAUGUCAUCGGACAGCGGGAUGAUCGAACCCGUGCUCAACGCCGUCUCCAUGCACCAGGUGCGUAAACAGAGUCAGCUGUCGCUGCUCGACUACUUCCUGCAGGAACACGGCAGCUUCACCACCGAGAACUUCCUGUCGGCGCAGAGGAACUUCGUCCAGAGCUGCGCGGGAUACAGUCUGAUCUGCUACCUGCUGCAGGUCAAAGACAGACAUAACGGGAACAUCCUGCUGGACUCUGAAGGUCACAUCAUCCACAUCGACUUCGGGUUCAUCCUCUCCAGUUCUCCUCGGAACCUCGGCUUCGAGACGUCGGCCUUCAAGCUCACGUCAGAGUUCGUGGACGUGAUGGGCGGCUUGGACGGAGACAUGUUCACCUACUACAGGAUGUUGAUGCUCCAGGGGCUGGUCGCUGCCAGGAAGCACAUGGAGAAGGUUCUGCAGAUCGUGGAGAUCAUGCAACAAGGUUCUCAUCUCCCGUGCUUCCACGGCUCCAGCACCAUCCGCGGCCUGAAGGAGCGCUUCCACAUGUCUCUGACGGAGGAGCAGCUGCAGCUGCUGGUGGAGCAGCUGGUGGACGGCUCCAUGCGCUCCAUCACCACCAAGCUCUACGACUCCUUCCAGUACGUCACCAACGGCAUCAUGUGACCGGGGGGGCUGUGACAUCAUCAAACCUCUUCUGACUGAUGGAACCUGUUCAGAGUCUGAGACAGAACCUGGACCUGAGGGACGUUCAGAGACCAGAUGGUCCUGAGGGACGUUCAGAGACCAGACGGAUCUUCACGUUCUCCGGACGAACGGUUUCUGCCUCGUGGUUUUUCUGCCUGAGACGAAUUAAUUUAAAAACUGGUUUUCGAUUUCAUUGCCUCUGACGUGAAGAGGGGGGGGGGUUCCUCUCCGUGGGUUUGAAGGAAACUGCUGGUGAAUUAUCAUCUGAUCAUCGAUAAAAUCAUUGGUCACGUAUCCAGAUCAACAGUUUCACAGAUUUUUAUUUCUGGCAGCUGAUUGGAUUUUAUUUUUAUUUGUUUAACUUUUUUUUUUCCUGCUGAAUCUGCAAAAGAUUCAUGACCAAAGAACUUUUCUUCAGAUUCGUGGGAAACGUUUUUACGAGAAUAGUUUUCAUUCGUCUCAGAGUUUUUUCUCCUGGUUGAUUUUGGAUCCUAAUAUUUCAUAGUUAAAUACUUGGAAAGUGAAAGUGGAUCUGAAUCCAGCUGACGAGGCUCAACACGAGCUUCAGUUUCCUCCGAUCACUUUUCUGAAUGAAACACAAACUGGUUUGAAAUAAGUCUGAGACCAGAUCGCAUCAUUUUCAUUUAGACUCUGUUCUGGAAUCAGAUCAGCUCAUUGGAUCCCGAGGGCUAAAUAUCAUUUGUUCAUUGACAGUAAAGUCCAAUAUUUGAUCAAAAGAUCAUUAACGUGCUCACAUCAAUUUUUGGUAAGAGAAAAAUAUUUUUGUCUGAAGUAAAAUCAAAAUACUAAUUAAAUAAGAUUCGUUGAUUCAGUGUCACUGCUGCCGUCAGAUAUUUUAAGAAACUGAUGACGAGGUCAAAUUGAUCGUCAAAUUGUGUUUUAGUCAAAGGUCAGAGUUGAAUUUCACAAAAGAAAGUUUUAAACAACAUUAAUGACACUUAAGAGUUGAAUCAAUUCUACAGUUUCAUAUGAAUUAUCUUUUUAUUUUCUUGCAUAGUUUCACAUUCAGUUUGAAGCAGAACAGAAACAAGCAGUUGAACUCUUUGCUUCUGUGUUUGACAGAAAAUCUAUUUUUUCUUUGCAAUGAUCAAUAACGAUCAGUUUCCUGAAUAUGUGAAUGUUUUUUCAAUUGUUUAUUUGAACAUAUGUUAACGUCAGCACCGACGGAUUCUCAGUAUUGAAGUCAAAUCUUGAUCUGAUGUUGUAACUGAACCUGGUUUCACUUUGUGUCGGCUUCUUUCAGUCGAUCUCGCCUUUGUGUUAACGAAACGCUUGAAAGUACGAUGAUGUUUUUCUUACGAAUCUCACUCUUUACACUAAAAUACUAAUUUUAUAGAAUUUAAGUUGAUUUUAGUCACUCCUCUUGUGCCACACAAUAAUAACUGCGUUGUGAUUGUGAUGAAGGUAAAAGUAGGUUAGAGCUAAAGGUGAAGUUCGGGUUAACAAACAGAACAUGACAUCAGCGUAUUAAAUCAAAAUACACAUAACAUUGUUAGCUCUUAGCAUUGAAGCUAAGUCAUAACCAUGCUAAUGACCAAAAAGCUGCAGCAGUCAUAUUAUUAUCACAGAAAUCGAGCUAAAACUUAAUUAUUUUAAGUUUUUCUAAAAUAAUUCUUGUUUAUAAAAUGGAUAUUAUGGAGGAAACAUAUUCUGAAAAGGAAUUGUGAUUAAAUUAAUUUGUCAUUGACUGCAACAAAGUGAACAAAUACAAUUCAAAUCUAUUAACUGUUAGCAAGCUCAGAAGUAGUAAAGUACACUAUCAGUGAGUAGCUAGGCAAGUUAGCUAGCUAACACUUAAUGUUUACACUUUUCAGUUACUUCAGUUUUGAAUCAAAUUUUAUUUUUGUAUUCUUGUCUUUAACUGCGACGGAAAUAAUCAGUUUGCAAUAAAAUGGUUAACUUCCAUUUUAUUUGUAUUGCGCCAUAUCAUAAUUUACAUUAUUAUCUCAACCUGAUGAAAAGUGACAUUAUUUGAAUUAAUCGUAAAGACACUAUAACAACUUUACACUGGAAUAAAGCCUCCGUCAGUUGUUGCAAAGGUUUUUUGUUUUGACCACUAUUGAAGGAGAGGCACAUGUUAGCUUCCGCUAAGUGUUAGCCUGCUACUUAAUUACACACAAAGAUGCAGCUGUGACUAAAGUUGACCUGAUACGCAACUUAAAUAUCAACUUUUCUUCUUCCUUUCCCGUGUGAAUAUGUACGUAUGUAAAUGAAGUGAAGCCUUUAGACUCUGAUGGAUGCACGAGGAGGACGAAGGUGAUGAAGAGUCCGACCUGAGACGUGAGACACGUCAGGGACGAGACAAACAUUCAUGAGACAUAAGAGAUAUGAUCAGAUCAAAGCAAAAAGCCUUUGAUGUGAAGUCAGACGAUCUCAAACAGGUGUUGUUCUGAUUGGAGCAUGAAACUCGUCCCUGAGACUCAAACCUUUCACUUCCUGUUUCCUUCCAUCAGCAGCUCUGAACCUUUCUAACUCUGAAUCGUUGGAUCCUCAAUGUAAAGUUUUGUUUGUUUGUUAUUCAUUUCAAAUGUUAAACACUAAAUCCAUUAAAACAAACUUUCAUUUUCUGAA